AUGUCCUCAGCUACAAAAUCCAAAUCAGUACAUAGUAUGAACCCGCCAGUAACGGGGUAUUCAGCAAAAUCAACGGUAAAGCUAAGUCAAUUUUAUAUGGCUUGUCGAAAUAAUGAUAUUGAUGUUGUCACUGCUAUGUUACCAACACUAACAUUAGAAGAGAUUGAUCAAAUAGAACCAAAUGGUUCGACAGCUUUACAUGCUGCAACAUAUUAUGGAAAUAAAGAAAUAGUCAAGAUGCUUCUAGCAAAAGGUGCUCAACGCACGAUCAGAAAUCGUUAUGACAGUACACCGUUUCAUGAAGCGCAAACCGAUGAAAUAAAAAAGCUGUUUCAACGUUCGGAUGCCACCGGAUCAGCAACGAAAGAUCGAUUUGUAGGUAAAAAGGGUUCGUCCUAUGAAUGGAUCUUUGUCCAAAAUGAUCCAGCAAGUUAUGCAUCGUUCAAUCGUGAAAGUCUAAUGAAAUGUCGAAAAGAUGAAGAAUUUCAUCGACUAUGUCGUGGAAUUCGACAACAAUAUAUUAAUGAGAAUGGUCCUUUGGCUAGUGUUGAAGGCAUUGAUAUAAUUCGUUCAUAUUUCGAUAGAGCGAUGCAAAUUAAUGAUUCGAAGCAAGUUGUUCGUGCUUAUACAGCAGAAACAGGUUUUUACCGUCGACUCAAUGAGGAUCUUUCCCAAAUGCCAACACACUGGUCAGGAACAAGACACGAGCGAAGUAUGAUCUCGAUAUUGAUGUUUCAUCCUGAACUUCAACAAUAUACGUACAUGGGUGAAACACAUCGUGGAAUGAUGAUAUCGUCGGAAGAAUUGAAAGAGUAUGUUGUUGGUACCGUAUUCAUGAAUAAGACAUUUCUAAGUACGUCAAAAGAUAAAAAGCAAACUGAAAAGUUUAUUACAUACAGUGAAUCCUCGACAAAAUUGAAAGUUGUUUGUAAAUAUCUAAUCAAGCAUGAGGGAACAGCCUUAGAUAUUGAAGCUAUUUCUGAAUUUGAGCAUGAGAGAGAAGUUCUCAUACUUCCCUAUGCUUCAUUCAAAGUCAAAAGUAUUCAGAAAUCUACUGGAAUAAAUAAUGACAUAACUCAAAUCGAUGUAGAAGAAAUAGAAGAGCAAGUCAAAUGGACAAAGAAAAGCUCGUUCCAUUCUUCACACAGUCAUGUUUCAGCUAAGAAAAAGACCAAUACAAAUACGAAUGAUGAGGAUGAUAGUUAUCAAAAAAUGUUCAAAGAUGCACAAGAGAAUGGUAAAAUUGACCCAGCUGAUUUAGCUAAAUGGACGAAAACUAGUUUUGGUACUGAUUCUGGUGCAGAUACAUAUGCAAAAAUAUGGAAUGAUGCAAAGAAAGGUAAAUUUAGUAAAAGUGAUGUGGCAAAAUGGAAAAAGCAAAGUGGUGCUGUUUCGAAUGGCGAUGAUUUGAACGAUUCUGAUUUGGAUAGUAUUGAUGGUGAAAAUGAUCCAUCUGUUUUUACCGCAUCGAAUGAACAAAGUUACGCUACAAGCAAAAAGUUUAGUUCAAAGGAACCAUUUGACAUGAAAAAGUUCAUGUCACAGAUUGAUGAAGAUAGUGAUGGUUAA